GAGCUGUGGAAGAGCCCUUUGACGCUCCGGGUACUUUCUGAUCUAAGAUCAGCAUUUCUUCCCCAGUUCCCGGUUUCAAUCGUUUAUUGUCCAUUUUAUUCUGACCUAGGAUCAGCUGCUGGGGAUAGAAAGAGCCUACGCCAGCUUCGCAUUCACGUUCGGAAGACACAGAUCAUCUCCUGUUCUGUGGCAGCCAUGGCGGCACCGUUAGCCCACUUCGAUGAAGACUGGCAGGAUUUUUAUGAAUUCAAGCCGGCCUCGGGGCCGCAGAACAGACUGGACCAGGUCAACUCAAACGUCGAGGAGGCACCCGGCAUUUUGGAGGAUUUCUCCGAACUAGACAACAGUUUCUCAGGAGAGAUCGGCAGCUUCCAGUCCAUGGAGGACCUUGUGAACGAUUUCGACGAAAAGCUCACAGUGUGCUUCCAAAACUAUAACAACAAGACGGAGAAUAUAGCCCCAGUGAAACCCAUUACGGAAGACAGUAUCCUUAAGGACGACGAAAUCUGGAACGCUCUGACGGACAACUAUGGGAGUGUGAUGCCGGUGGAUUGGAAGACCUCUCACACUCGCUCCCUGCACCUCCCCACACUCAACCUGGUGGAGAAAGGGGCGCUGGACAAUAUGAGUCUGGAUGUGUCAGAUGAUGAGGAGCUGAGGGAACAGUUGGACAUGCACUCCAUCAUUGUCUCCUGCAUUAACGAGGAGCCGCUGUUCACCGCCGAGCAGGUGAUCGAGGAGAUUGAGGAGAUGAUGCAGGAGUCUCCGGAUCCGGACGAGGACGAAACCCCCUCUCAGUCUGACCUGUCCCUACUCUCUCAAGAGAUCCACACGCUCAAGAGGUCCAGCACCAACAACAGCUACGAGGAAAGAGUGAAGCGACUGUCUGUGGCAGAGCUGACGGAGCUGUUGGAGGAGGUGGAGACGGCAAUUCGGGAGUACUCUGAGGAGCUGAUCCAGCAGCUGGCGGUGAGGGACGAGCUCGACUUCGAGAAGGAGGUGAAGAACAGCUUCAUCUCGGUGCUGAUUCAGGUGCAGAACAAGCAGAAGGAGCACCGGGAGCUGCUGAAGAAGAAGAAGAGGCUAAGGAGCAGCACUGGAGCCCAGCAUGGCCGGCCGGAGAGGACGCACGCACCCGGGACUCUCUUCAGCAUGGAGGGACUCUCCACUGCCAUUCAGAAUGGCUUCCGCCAAACGUUCGGGAGCGCUGGCGGGGACAAACAGUACUUGACCACUGUGAUUCCCUAUGAGAAGAAAGCAGGACCUCCCUCGGUGGAAGAUCUGCAGAUCCUCACCAAGAUACUGCAUGCGGUGCGAGAAGACAGCGAGAAGGUGCCAAGCCUCCUGACGGACUACAUUCUCAAAGUGCUGUGUCCCACAUAGACGGAAAGGAGGAGGAGGAGGAGGAGGAGGAGGAGCGGGGUUCUGGGGCGCCUUGUUGGAGGUGAUGGAUUUGACGGGCAAGAAGACGGACUCUUGUUCUUCCUGGGCAGCUCCACAAAUGAGAUUCCCCCUGUUCAGCCUAAUGUUUUACUUUUCACUUUUCCUUUAUGUGUAUUUUAGCUGUUUUAAUAUUCUACUCUAAUUCUCCUUAGUUUUUUAAUCUUCAGCAUGUCAACUAUCUCGUACCAAUUAUCAGUGUUCCUUUGCAGUCUUGAGAGAUUAGGUACUGUAUCCUAAAUGUGGUUUCAGUUUCUAUAAAACUUUAAAAAGUAAUAGUAGGUAGAUACUUAACGAACAAAAGUGCGCACAUGUACAGUUUUGAUGCAGUUGUUUUUAGAAAGAGCGUUUACUAUUUUCUCAACCAGAAAAGGAGGCGGUCAUUAGUGCAUCGCUGCAAACACCAGCCUGUGACCUCUCAGUGUGACCUUUCUGUGGCCCCCGCUGGCAGACCCUCUGUUGCCAUGGGAUCUGAUUGCACAUGUGAUGUUGGAGGAUUCUGGGGUUACCUUGUUAAUAGCAGCUGACGCAGGAUUCAGUAAUGGUUUAAAUGGAAAUUUGAUUGUCAAUAAUGGUUACCGAGGGAAAUGAGUUGUUGGUAUUGGCUAAAAAGGGGGUUUUGCUGCUGGCAGUGGUUAAUAUGAGGAUUUUAUGUAGCGAACUCAUAACCAGGCCAGUAGAUCAUUUAGUGCAGAGAACAUAUGGGCUAAAGGCAGAGCAACCUAUGAGUUGUGCAUUGUAGGGCAGGGAUGGUGUAAAGGGUGGGAACAGUGAGGAGGUAGUUUAGGGCAUGAUUAUGGCAGGGGCAGUUUGGGUGUGUGGUAAGGGAGGGAGUAGGGUUAGGAGGGCUGGUGUAAGGCAGGAGUAGCGGAACAGGGAUGGUGUUUGGCUGGUGUAGAGAGGACUGGGGAACAGGUAGGCUAAGAGGGGUUUGAUUAGUUCUGCCUGUCAUUACACCUCAGAUCAUUUCAGGUUACUGACAUUCCUAUUAGGAAAGGAAGUCACCUAAGGUAGUCAUUAGCUGCUAAUAUAAAUGCACCCAGGUUUAUCUGGGCUCUAGAGGAGCUGAGUUUAUUUUGAAUAAAAUACUGCACUGUGCUGAGUAGCAACCAUACAGUACCCUGCUCCUCAACCAGUUCUUCAUCAAAAACAAUAUCACCACCUCCCUCACAUGUAAAUCUACUACAGUGAAUACUCGCUUCAACGCGCAGAUUUGUUCAAGUGCUCAUAUUAAAUUUGCAUGUUAAAAUAGCCUGUAUAUAGAAAUGUUAUGUGAAUAAACCUAGCCCUUUAAAAGCCUAAGUUUGAUAUUGACAUACAGGGCAAUCAGUAUCAAAGCUAUUCAACCAUAUUAGAGCUCACACAUGAUCAAUGGGUAAAUAAAAGAGGGCUUUAAAAGAGUUCUUCAAGCUUCCUCAGGUAAAAAUGGAUAGCGUAUGAUACAUUGGAGUAAAAACAAUUCUUUCAAUAAGUUGUUGUAAAACUAUGCCUCAAAGUAUUAUUUUGACAGAUUUGAUCUUGUUCCUCACCCUUGUGCAUUCACAAAUCUGAUAAAGCGCUUUGCCCCAUCUUAAUAUCCUGUCUUAAUCAUCCCAAAUACAAAUGUUCAUUGUUAAGUGAAAGGGGAGAGUUUAAGCUUUACAGUUGAAAUUCAAGCUUGCACAUUAUAACCUAUUAAACGGGCUGGUCAGUCAUGGUACUUUCGUUUAGAUUGAUAUUCAGUUAAACAGAGACUUUAGGGAGUCUAUAAACAAUGAUUUCAGAGUGUUAGCAGAGCUGUUUUUGGUCUGCAAGGCCAUCCGUUUCCUAUCCUAAUGGCUGUGUACCAGUGUGGUUACUCUGACCCUGAGGUUUGGUGUACCAGUGUGGUUACUCCCGUCCUGACGGUUUUGUCCCAUUUUCGGCAGACACAUUGUCCUUGCUGAGUGGUCGUAGCAGAUCAUCAAGUUUGGUUUUACCGUAGUCGAUAAAACCUGUAGAUUUCUGUGUAUAUUUUUAUAUCAUUGUGUGUAGCGAGCUUCGAACCUUAAGCAUGCACGUUCCUAAUACCAGAGAGAAUAAAAGGGAACUGGCAGCCUUAGCAGUGUUCAGCAGAAAACUAACACCUCUUUGUUGUUUGUUGUUGGGGAGAGGAGUGCUGGUAGACUACUUUCACUCUUUCUGGAACUAACAGUAUUCUGAUGGUCACCAUAGACUUAUUUGGUAAUUAGUACCUUAUUUAGAAUCCUGUGACUCCACCAGAGUAUGACCUGAUCCUGUAAACAGACAUAUCAGCUGACUGACACUGCUUAGUGUCCAGAUUAUAAUCUAUAGAUUUAUAUUUAUAUAAACAGCAAAAAAAGGCUGCCUUUGUCAAUGCCUGAAAUUUUGUAUAUAGGAAAGUUACUUGUUAUUUUU